GUGUUUCGGAUGCUAGUUUUGUUAUUUUCAUUUCGAAUUUCCAAGUGAACGUUUGUUGAAUGGAGAAAAGGUUUUGUGUGUGGAAUUGUUGAAAAAGUAAAGACGAACAUCACGUACAUGUUGUGUUAACAUUUUAGCAUUGAAUCUGCAUUAGAGUGUUUGUUUUCAAAAACGAAUCGAUUUUAGAAAUUCGCUAAAUUUAAGGAAGUGUAAAAUAAGGAAUUUGUCUUGUUGAGUGUCAGAAAGUGAAAACAUAAUCCAGUGCUCAUCACCGUGUUCGAGUUAUGGUAUACUUUAGCCCUCGUGGAAUGCAACCGUGUUGCAGUCCGCCAAGCAUUCCAAUGGCUUCGAAAAGUCCAAUAAUGGAAACGGCCAAAAACAUCUGCGCGCUGACUGAGUCAAAGCAGCAACGAUCCGGUUGUCCGUUAAAAUUUUCAAUAGCAAAAAUCAUGGAACCAGACGAACGAAUCGAACGAAAUCGAAGUCCGAUCGAUGAGGACAAUAGUUCGUCGGAUGUUGACGUCAGUACAACCACAUACGAUUCGGCGUUCAAAAAAUAUAUUCCAACCGCCAAUACGGUGCAUCAAUUUGUCAGUAGUCGACAGGAAUUGAUGAAUCAAUAUCCAUUGCUGUAUUAUCCCGGUCAAUUAAUGUGUGCAGCCGCUCAGUAUGCCGCUCUAACGCAACAUCCAAGUGCCGCCAGUUUAUUAAGUUCGACAAAUCCCACCAAUCCGUUGCAUUUGAGCGCCGUUAAUUCAAUGAAUCAUUUACAAAAUCAAUCGAUACGACGAUCCAUAUCAACGGCAGAAAAGGCACAGCUGCAAUCCCCAGUGAAACCAAGCAGUGUGACGAAAAGUUCCAUUUUACCAUCGCCAACUUCAAGAGACUCAUCGGCAUCGACGAAACAGAAAACGUUUGCGUGCCAAGAAUGUGGAAAAGUUUUCAACGCUCAUUACAAUUUGACGCGACAUAUGCCGGUACAUACAGGCGCCCGCCCAUUCAUAUGCAAAAUAUGUGGAAAGGGAUUUCGUCAAGCAUCAACUCUAUGCCGCCACAAAAUCAUCCAUACAUCGGAGAAGCCACACAAAUGCAAUACAUGCGGUAAAGCAUUUAACAGAUCAUCGACAUUGAACACCCAUACGAGAAUACAUGCGGGUUAUAAGCCGUUCGUUUGCGAAUUUUGCGGGAAGGGAUUUCAUCAGAAAGGAAAUUAUAAGAAUCACAAAUUGACGCAUAGCGGUGAUAAAGCUUACAAAUGUAACAUUUGCAAUAAAGCUUUCCAUCAGGUGUAUAAUUUAACAUUUCACAUGGGAACACACAGCGACAAGAAGCCGUUCACGUGUAAAAUAUGUGCCAAGGGAUUUUGCCGCAAUUUCGAUUUGAAAAAGCACAUGCGAAAGCUCCACGAAGCUGGUGGCCGUUCGGCCCGAUUUCACAGCCAAUCGACUCAUGUUUCGUCGAACACAACGAUAUCGAAUAGCACACUAGCCACAACAACAACAGCAGCCGCCGCCUGGCAAACAGCAUCCGUAUCCAGUCUGCAUCAAAGUACUUUAAACACAAUCCGCUCGGAAUAUGCAUCACCAUUUCUAUUGUCAACGGCGGGCCAACGAAUGGAUGCACCGUUCAUAGCGAAAGUGUUUUGACAGUCAUAUUAUUCGGAGACGAUACACAGUUCAAAGUACAUGUCGUAAGAGGGAAUAUUUGUUUAGAGAAAAAAAAAGAUUUUAUUUAUUGAAAUGACGGAUCAAUCAUUUCGGAUUUGUUAAGUAUUGGGAUGAUGAUUAUGUGGAUUUAAUGGUGUACAAAGAAAAUGAAAUUACAAUAGAAAGAUCUGUUGACAAUCCUGAUCUAAUGGACCACUCAUAAAGUACAAUCGGAAUUCAAAUAAAGAAUGAAAACUAAAUCCUCAAGGUGUCUAAAUGGACGACCUGACCUCACUCCUCAAAUUUAAUUCCAUUAUGAGGAGUGAGGUUUAUCGACAUUUUGACGAUUUCCGUUGCACUACGGUUUUGAGAUCCACAUCCUUUGACUGAAUCCUUCCAUAUUUUUUGUGUGCAAACGAAUCAAAUCCGUAAACCGCCUUUUAGCCUACCUACAACCUCGUCGUGUCCCAGUUAAUAUAUUUUGUGAGCGGUCCAUUACGAAUCCAUUUAUUAAAAUUAAUUUUAUGUGCAAUUGAUUGACGAGAUACAAAAAAAGUCUUAUCAAAAUUAUGAUUUUUCGUGCUCUAGAAUCGAAAUAAAUAUUUUAUUGUGAAUCAAA